UAGCUGGGAUUUACGAAAUACCAGCUUUCCAGUCCUCUGCUCUCCACCCGAACUUGAUUUUCACUCCUGAGGUCUUGGCCGCAGCAGGCGACCAAGAAGGGCAGGACUUGCUGGCCCUGCUCCCGGAGCUGGAAUGGGGCCCCCGAGGAGGCGGCGUCGGAGCGGGAAGCCUGGCCUGGGCGAUGGGGAAGUCCCAGAAAUCUUGGAUUGAAGGAGUGUUCAACAAGAGAGAAUGUAACAAGGUCAUACCCAGUCCAAAAGACCCUCACAGAUGUGCUCCAGGCUGCCAAGUCUGCCAGAAUUUAAUCAGGUGCUACUGUGGCCGAUUGGUUCAUGACCACCAUGGAAUAGAUUAUGCCUGGUCCCUCUCAACUGCCAAGGAAAAUGAAAAUGAGCAAUGGUCUGUUGAAAAGCACACAGUGAAAAGCCCUACAGAUACCUUUGGCACUAUUAAUUUCCAAGAUGGAGAACACAUCUACCACUCCAAGUACAUUCGGACUUCUUAUGACACCAGGGUGAACCAUCUGUUUCGUUUGAUGUUGGAAGAGUGGAAGAUGGAGCUGCCCAAGCUGGUGAUAUCCGUCCAUGGAGGUGUCCAGAACUUUAAGAUGUCCUCCAAGCUUAAAGAGAUCUUCAGCCAGGGUUUGGUCAAAGCUGCAGAGACAACGGGAGCGUGGAUAAUAACGGCAGGCAUCAACACGGGAGUUUCCAAGCAUGUUGGGGAUGCCCUGAAAACCCAUUCCUCUAAGUCUUUGAGAAAAAUCUGCACAGUUGGAAUCCCUCCUUGGGGUGUCAUUGAGAACCAGAGAGAUCUUAUUGGAAAAGAUGUGGUGUGCAUGUACCAGAUGCUGGGUAGCCCCAUCAGCAAGCUCACCACGCUCAACUGCAUGCACUCUCAUUUCAUCCUGUCUGAUGAUGGCACUGUGGGCAAGUACGGAAAUGAAAUAAAGCUCAGGAGGAACCUGGAGAAGUACCUGUCCCUGCAGAAAAUACACAGCCGCUCAAGACAAGGGGUGCCCGUGGUGGGGCUGGUGGUGGAAGGAGGUCCCAGUGUCAUCUUCUCGGUGUGGGAGACCGUCAAGGAUGAAGACCCCGUGGUGGUGUGUGAGGGCACGGGCAGAGCUGCCGACCUGCUGGCCUUCACCCACAAGCACUUAGCCGAUGAGGGGACUCUGCGUCCCCAGGUAAAAGAGGAGAUCAUCUCUAUGAUUCAGAACACUUUCAACUUCAGUCUCAAACAAUCCAAGCACCUUUUUCAAAUUCUAAUGGAGUGUAUGGUGUACAAGGAUUCUAUUACCAUAUUUGAUGCUGAUUCUGAAGAACAGCAAGACCUGGACUUAGUAAUUCUGACAGCACUGCUGAAGGGCACAAACUUAUCAGCACUGGAGCAACUAAAUCUAGCGGUGGCUUGGGACAGGUUGGACAUUGCCAAGAAACACAUCUUAAUUUGUGGACAACAUUGGAAGCCUGGCAUGCUAGAACAAGCGAUGUUAGAUGCUUUGGUGAUGGAUCGAGUGGAUUUUGUGAAGCUCUUAAUUGAAAAUGGAGUGACGCUUCAUCGCUUUCUUACCAUCCCCAGAUUGGAAGAGCUCUAUAAUACAAAACAGGGGCCAACUAAUAUGCUCUUGCAUCAUCUUGUCCAAGACGUGAAACAGCAUACUCUUCUUUCUGGCUACAAAAUAACACUGAUUGACAUUGGACUGGUAGUAGAAUACCUCAUUGGUGGAGCCUACCGCAGCAGCUAUACUAGGAAAACUUUCAGAGUCCUGUACAACAACCUCUAUAGAAAACAGAAGAGUGUGACCAGCUUAGGUCAGAGCCUUUCCCAGCACUCCCUUCACCAGAGGCACUCUUUAGAAAAUAGAAGAGAGUCCGAAGAAAGCACACUGCAUUCCCAGUUCUGCAGAACGGCCCAGCCCUGCAAACUCAAGGAAAAGUCUGGAGUCCCUCAUAAAUCAAGGAACAAGUCAAAAGAAAGACAAGAUAUAUUAGAUGACCUCGAGUCUACUGGCUUUACUUACCCAUACAAUGACCUGCUGGUUUGGGCUGUGCUAAUGAAGAGGCAGAAGAUGGCCAUGUUCUUUUGGCAGCAUGGAGCAGAGGCCACAGUUAAGGCUGUGAUUGCUUGUAUCCUUUACCGAGCGAUGGCCCGUGAAGCUAAGGAGAGCAACAUGGUGGACGAUACCUCAGAAGAGCUGAAAAAUUACUCAAAGCAGUUUGGCCAGUUGGCCCUGGAUGUGCUAGAGAAGGCAUUUAAGCAGAACGAACCCAUGGCCAUGAAGCUCUUGACGUACGAACUUAAGAACUGGAGCAAUUCCACCUGCUUGAAAUUGGCUGUGUCUGGAGGGUUGCACCCUUUUGUUUCGCAUUCUUGUACCCAAAUGCUGCUGACAGACAUGUGGGUGGGGCGUCUGAAGAUGAGGAAGCACUCCUGGUUGAAGAUCAUCAUAAGUAUUCUUUUACCACCCACCAUUUUGACACUGGAAUUUAAAAGCAAAGCUGAGAUGUCACAUGUUCCCCAGUCCCAGGAUUUCCAGUUUACAUGGUAUUACAGCGACCAGAGCCUCAGCAAUGCCAAAGAGAAUGCUUGUACGAAAGACUGUGAUUUGGAAAGGGGCCCUGAUGAGAAACUGGAUGAAAGUCAGCACUUUGAUCUAAGGAAUGGGCCCCAAAGCCUUCCCUGGACCAGGAAGGUGUAUGAGUUCUACAGCGCCCCUAUUGUCAAGUUUUGGUUCUACACGAUGGCAUACUUGGCAUUCCUCAUGCUGUUCACUUACACUGUGUUGGUGGAGAUGCAGCCCCAACCCAGCGUGCAAGAGUGGCUUGUUAUCUGUUACAUCUUCUCCAGUGCUAUUGAGAGAGUCAGGGAGAUUUGUAUUUCAGAACCUGAGAAUUUUACCCAAAAGGUGAAGGUGUGGAUUAGCGAGUACUGGAACCUAAUGGAGGCUGUGGCUAUUGGUCUGUUUUCAGUUGGUUUUUGCCUCCGGUGGGGUGACCCUCCUUUUUACACAGUGGGAAGACUCAUCUACUGCAUUGACACCAUCUUCUGGUUCUCACGGCUCAUGGACUUCUUCGCUGUGAACCAACAUGCAGGCCCGUAUGUCACCAUGAUCGCAAAAAUGAGUGCAAACAUGUUCUACAUUGUGAUCAUCAUGGCCAUCGUCCUGCUGAGCUUCGGAGUGGCGCGCAAAGCCAUCCUUUCACCCCAGGAGCCUCCGUCUUGGACGCUUGCUCGAGACGUUGUGUUUGAGCCAUACUGGAUGAUGUAUGGGGAGGUCUACGCUUCGAAGAUAGAUGUUUGCGAAGAGCAGCCGUCUUGCCCUCCGGGUUCCUUUCUUACCCCAUUCCUGCAAGCUGUCUACCUCUUCGUGCAGUACAUCAUCAUGGUGAACCUGCUGAUUGCUUUCUUCAACAACGUUUAUCUGGAUAUGAAGUCUAUUUCAAAUAAGCUUUGGAAAUACAAUCGCUAUCGCUACACCAUGACCUACCACAAGAAGCCCUGGCUGCCGCCCCCGUUCAUCGUGCUCAGCCACCUGGGCCUCCUCAUCCGCAGACUGUGCUGCCACAGGGCUCCGCGUGACCGUGACCCGGAAGAGAGCGACGUGGGACUGAAACUCUACCUGAGUACAGAGGAUCUAAAAAAACUUCACGAUUUUGAAGAGCAGUGUGUGGAAAAAUACUUCCAGGAGAAGAUGGAGAGCCUGAAUUAUAGUUUUGAGGAACGAGUCAGAGUGACAUCUGAAAGGGUUGCGGAAAUUUAUUUCCAACUGAAAGAAACGAAUGACAAAGUGUCUUUUAUAAAGGAUUCCCUGCUGUCUUUGGACAGCCAGGUGGGACACCUGCAGGACCUCUCUGCCUUGACUGUGGAUACUCUAAAGGUUCUUUCUGCAGUUGACACAUUGCAAGAGGAUGAGGCUCUCCUGGCCAACAGGAAGCAUUCCACUGGCAGAAAACUUCCCCACAGCUGGAACAAUGUCAUCUGCACAAGGAUCUUGGGCAGCGCAGAGAUCUCUGGAGAGACAAAAUGCCGAUACUAUAGCAUGCCCCCUUCUUUGCUGCGGAGCCUGGCUAGAAGCCAAUUUCCCUCAAGAGGGCAGAAUACAGCCCUUCUUGAGAUUAUGGCCAGUCAGAGAGUGGACUCAAAUAUAAGAGAUGACCUGGACGAGCAAGAAGCAGAAAAAAGUACAGUUGAUUCUGGGGUGUCUCCUAAUAGGCAUGCAAAUUCCAAGUAUGGCCAGUUUCUCCUGGUUCCUUCUGAUCUAAAGCAAGUUCCUUCUUCUGCAGAAACUGUCUUGCCUCUGUCCAAACCAUCUGUGGAUGCAGAUGCAGAUGUACUAGCAAAUGAACAGAUUCUGCAGAGUGAGACGCCAGCUGCCUCAGGCCAAGCAUCAGUGGCUGAACCCAAAGAGCAGCAUGAGCCAGUCACUGAGAUGCCAGACAAGCAAGGCACAGUGGAGCAGGUUCAGUCCAGUCUGACUUGUACACCCACACCCUCAACAAUAGCUUCCCUCUCUUCCCAACCCCAAAGCAUACAGUCUGGAGAUGGAUAUGUGAACUUGGCAUUUUCCGAAGGUGAUGACAUGGGUGUGUUUAACUUCAAGAACAAGUGGGAGACAUACUUGCCUUCCUCUUGUAACAGUGACUCCGCUCCGAGUGUGCUGUGUCCCAUGGAGAUCCAAGGCAGAUGUCUGUCUGAGAACUCAACAAGCUUGUCCCAAAGUAGUGAGUGCUCCGAGGAUGUGCAACAGUGGCUGCAGCCAAGUAGAUCCUUCUGGAUCAACCCUCUCUGCAGAGACAGACCCUUUACUAGCAGUCAUAGUUUUAGAUUCCACAAGGAGGAGAAACCGAUGAAGAUCGAUAAGAUUAAAAGUCGUUCAAGAUCCUCAGAGAUAGGAUCCGCAUGGAUCAAAGCAAAAAUGCUCUCGAAGGAUAGGAGAUUGUCAAAGAGAAAGAGGAAAACACAAAGACUACAGGUGCCAGUCAUAACAAUCAACACCUGCUGUCAAAAUGACCAAUUGAAUUCACGACUAGGAGAAAGUAACGUCUCAGAAGAUGAGUGCAGGAAGAAUUGGCUCACAGUGUCCAAGUUCAGCCAGAUAAAACCUUAUAUAUAUCAAAAGAUGAAAACCAAGGCAAUUGAGCAACAUGCUGUACCAGUCACUGAUUACCUAAAGUGGUCUCAAGAGGAGCUGAGGGAAAGCCCCCUGUGGGAGUCCAGGAGCCCCACCGCCACUAGGAGCUCCCUGCUGAGAAGUUCAAAUGGAGUUGACAAGAUCUCAGCAUCCUUAAAAACCCCUCAAGAGCCUCAUCACCAUUAUUCAGCCAUUGAAAGGAAUAAUUUAAUGAGGCUUUCUCAGACCAUACCAUUUACGCCAAUCCAACUGUUUGCGGGAGAAGAAGUGACUAUCUACAGGCUGGAGGAGAGCUCCCCUUUGAACCUUGACAAAAGCAUGUCCUCUUGGUCCCAGCAUGGGAGAGCUGCGAUGAUCCAGGUGCUGUCCCAAGAGGAAAUAGACGGAGGCCUCCGAAAAGCCAUGAGAGUCAUCAGCACUUGGUCCGAGGACGACGUUCUUAAGCCAGGACAGGUUUUCAUUGUGAAGUCCUUUCUCCCUGAGGUGGUGCAGACUUGGCAUGAAAUCUUCCAGGAGAGUACGGUGCUUCAUCUUUGCCUUCGGGAAAUUCAACAACAAAGAGCUGCUCAAAAGCUAAUCUAUACCUUCAACCACGUGAAACCACAAACCAUUCCUUACACACCGCGGUUCCUGGAAGUUUUCUUAAUCUACUGCCAUUCAGCUAACCAGUGGUUGACCAUUGAGAAGUAUAUGACGGGGGAGUUCCGGAAGUACAACAACAACAAUGGAGAUGAAAUUGCCCCCAGCAACACCUUGGAAGAGCUGAUGUUGGCUUUCUCUCAUUGGACCUAUGAGUAUACGAGGGGAGAACUGCUGGUUUUAGAUUUGCAAGGUGUUGGAGAAAAUCUGACAGAUCCAUCUGUUAUAAAACCUGAAGACAAACAAUCAAGAGGAAUGGUGUUUGGGCCAGCCAAUUUAGGGGAAGAUGCAAUUAGAAACUUCAUUGCAAAACAUCGUUGCAACUCCUGCUGCCGGAAACUCAAACUCCCGGAUUUAAAAAGAAAUGACUAUUCCCCCAGAAGGAUAAAUUCCAACUUUGGACUUGAGAAGGACGUGCAACCAGCAGAGGGGCAUCUGACAAGUGAAAGUUCCCCAGAAGAUCAGACACGACUCUAAAGACGAGAGGGGCAGGAAGAUAAUUGCUCCCAGUGCCUGCUCCGGCAGGAACUCUAUGGUGACAUAGAUUGAUCGAUGUAACGCUGAUUACACCAGACCCUCUGUCAGGAUGGCCUCACGACUCACCCUGCCCAGAGACUCGAUGGUCUGUGGUGAACUGGUUCACACAGACACUGACCUCUGAGGAUCCUCAAGUUCCUCAGGAAGAUCCUUGGGCGAGUCAGCUGGCAGUACUGCUCCUUUAUACCUCACUGCCUUUCUUGGGCACUUGGAACCCUUGGAGCAGAGUCCUAUGCACUAAAGAACCAGGGGGUGAAUUUAAUUUAUUUUCUCACUGUGUGUGCAGACUUUAGCCCCGUUGUCAUUUGCCACCUUAUCCACAGAUUGUACUUAUGUCUAUACAUAUAUAUGUAUAUUAAAAGGUUGUUUGACUUCCUCUUCUUUCUUGUCCAGCAGUAUAAGACUUUGAGAGGUAACAGCAGGAAAACAAUGGGAUGAGGGUGUAUUUCCACAGAUAACAGCACACUCCUGAGUCAGCUAACCACUAGAAAUCAUCCUGGUGAGGUAUAGAGAGGCGUUAAGUGUUGUCAUUAAAUCACAGGAUGCAGGGAAUUUCAGGUUUCUCUGAAAGAAAGAAAAGGGGACAUCUAAACCUAAUGCUCAUACAUUCUGUUCUAAAAUUUUAUUUUAAUAAGGAGUAAAACUGGAAGUUAUUAAGAAGGAGCUCCCUACCCUUAAGCUCAGGAAUACUGUAGUGUGGACCAAAUUACUGUCCAUAACGCCCCACAUUUUCUGAAGCCCUGCAUCUAAUAGUAUAGGGUAAAUUACUUUGUGUUCUGAUCUGUGAGGUAGGACAUGGUGUUAGGCUGAAAACAUGUUUUGCAGGUGUUUGUGUCCAUCCACUGUGGAGUUUCAGUCACUUGAGUCAACCUUGAAGCUGUGUCAUUGGUUUCCAAGGCCCAAAGCAAGAGUCCCUGGAAGCUGCCCUAGAGAGCAUGUGUCAGGGUCCAGUUGUCCCUGUUUAGGGUGGUUGAGGUCUCCCUACCCCAUAACAGGCAUGAGCUUUGCAAACAAGUGGAAGGGAGGUGGCUGAGAAUCCUUUCCCCUCUCCUCCUGCCUCUCUUUUCCUUCCUUUUCCACAAUUUUCAGCUUGCCUUUGUCUUUUGACUUUACAUUAGGUGACUCGCUUCUGAGCCUCCUCUUAAACCUCUGCUCUUGCAUUCUUACGUUAUACUUCAGGGAAAAUGUCACAUACUGGGGUGGAAAGCCAAAGAUUUUGUUGGCCAGUAAUUGCACCUGAUUCUUCUAAGUUUGAGCCAAUAUGAGGGUUACUUUUUGUCCUUUUUGCUUUGGUUUUUCUGGGAAGCAGGAAAUUUGUGUCAUUUCUUGAUUGGUAAUGAGGAAAAAAAGUUAAUAGUUUUUUGGGGGUAGCUUAAUUCUAUUCUAUAAAUCAAUAAGAGAUUUUUCAAACUCACUUCAGUGCUGGGUUACAUGAUGGAAAGCAGUUUGCCUGUCCAAGAGCCAAACCAAAGCCAUCAAUUUAUUUAUUUAUUUUUGAACUCAGCUCAAGACCCAAAGCCAUCAAUUUAUUGACUCAGUACUUGUUACCUGGAAUGGAACUUGAAAGCGAAUACGAUUUCAUUUCAGUUGCCUGCAGUGUGCUUUUCUCUUUUUAAUUUUAAGAUAAAUCUGCAGAAUAACAAGAUGAACUGCUAGGCAAAGUUCCUUGGGAUUGCUUGCAUAUGAUGUGACAUUCUUAACUUUGAGUGAUUCAUGAUCCCAAAGGAAUAGAGUUCAUUCUGUCACUUUUCUUCAGCAGAUACUUAUUAAGUGCCUUUUCUGAACUGUGUUACUGUUGAAGAUGCAACAGUGAACAGAGCACACUCUGUCCUCAGAAAGCUCUACGUCCCACUUGUCCUUUUGUUUAUUUCAAGUUUAGAUAUCUAAUAAAUGCUGAGAAAUUUGACUUGGGUGAGCAAAUGUCAAAUCUAGAGAUGUGUCCCAUGUCCUACCUGCCCAGACAAUGGGUUCAGAUUGGGAUUGGAGAUUCAGGGCAAAUAAGACAUAGUGAGGGCUAGUUUUAGGAAUGCCUGAGGAACUGUGUAAUCCUUUUCUAAGCGGAAAGCCUGCAUCACAGGUGGGAUCUGAAUCUUUGGACCAGAGAAGAGCCAGGAUUCCGGGAAUUCCAUAACAUUUUCUUUCCGUGAGCCUGUACGUUCCUGGAGUGACUUUUGUCCCUGUUAUCUUGAAGCUUCUUACAGCUCUGAAGAAUGAAUUUCUAUACAGCGUUGAGUAUUUCUGAGCCUUUUUAAAAAUGCCUUUGCAAAACAAGUACUUAGUGACUAAGACUUCCCAGCAGUCAUUCAGUCAGCACUUUAAAAGCUUUUCGUUGUUGGGACAGUUAUUUUAGAGGAGACUGAAAACUCCGGUUCUAGAAGUCAUGACACAGAUGUCGCUGCUAUGGUGUGUUGUGCGUUCAGCCAUCAGCAUCUAGAACAAAGCAUGGCACCUAAUAUACUUUCAACAGUACAUUAAAAAAAAUACCCAAGCCUUCAAGUGAUAGUAGGUUUCAUUCAUUCGCUAGGUAAUAAAUCAGAUUUGCAUUUUUAAUCUCGAAGGAAAUGAUUACCAAUUCUUUAAGACCUAAUGCAGUUCUUUUGAUCUCUCUCUGUUUUAAUUUUCUAAGAAAUAGCUUUUUAACCACCUACACUUGCUAUUGAAUUCUCACCCAGUUCCUGCCCCAUCACUAUCAAUGUUAGCACCGUAGUGGUAGUGUGUCUCUUACUGGUGACUAUUGAAAUGAGAUGAUAACUUCCCAGAAACUGCCUAGAAAUAAUCAUCACUUUAUUACCCUUGAAAAGAAGAUUGAUAGGAAAGUCAUUUGCAAGAUGGUUCAUUACCAUGCCCUAGUACGAUUUCUUUACUCACAUCUCUGUGAAGCAUGAGAAAGGGAAGAUUAUUUUCUGAGGUUGGAAUUUGAAGGCUGUGUGUUUGCCUCUUUGAAGUCUUGGUAUUUAAUUUUCUGUAGUCAGUUCUUGGGCAAUUUUCUAAGAAACUAGUUGAAGCUAAUUUAUCAUAAGUUAAAGUCAAAUGACAGAAAAGAUCCCCCCCUUUUAUAGCAUUUUAUUCCACAGAGGUUAGCUUCUGAAGGAAAAUGAGACUUAAAUAGCAUUUCAAAUCUCCAGCCACAUGGGUGGGUACAGAGAAUAGAAAGGAUUCUGGAAAUCACACUGGCUUUUUAAAAAAUUUAGCACAGUUAUUAUCUUGUGACUUCUCUUUCUAGACCAUCAUGUGCAGAAUAAAAUAUUGUAUUUAUGUGAGACACACUCCUAAAAAUAAUUAAGUAAGUUGCUUAAUUUUUCAAAGAAAGGCUUUUAGUCCUCAAGGGAUAACAAGUUUUGGUCUCUAUCAUUUUCAGACUUUUGGUAUAAGUUUAUAUAAUUUGUUUAACCUUUCUGUUAACCCCUAACUCUGAAAUGGAGAUGAAGAUACUUAUCUUUUCAAAUGAAGGUGAAUGAUAAUGAGAGAGCAUUUAUACAGUCCUUCGAGAAUCUCAUUCAAAAGGCUUCUUGUGAGCCAGGGAUCCAUUUAAUAAAUAAUAAGGGUUUUUCAUA